UGAAAAAUUCAAACUACCGUCCUUGACCUUCCACCCACAACACUGUGGCACGGGCACCCACCCACGACACGAUGCCUCUGUUACAAAGCAGAGACCUUUUUUCAAAAAAGAAAAACAGUAAGGGCGCGUUUGGGUAAAUCAAAUCAAAUAUUAUUAUGUCCAUGGGCAACGAUACAACCUGGGUUGGUAAAAAGCCCAUCAGACGCAUCGGUGGCAUGUCCGAUGCCCUCUCCAUCGCUGCCGAUCUCGGAUUUUCUGUUGCCUCUCCCCCUUCUCAGGAACAGCUUGAGAAGUUAUCCACCACAAGUGGCGAAAAGGGUGAUGACUUAAUUAGAGUUUUAAGGGAACUAACUGCAGUCCAAAGAAAAAUAGCUGAUCUACAAGUAGAACUUCAGGGUCGCAAGGAUGACAAAAAUGUGGCGCAUUUGACGCAUGUCAGUGAAAUGGAAAAGAAGAUUGACACAUUAUCAAGGAUUACUACCAUACUGAAGGAUGUCAUUCAUAAUAAGGAUCGCAUUAUAGCUCGUCUUCAACAACCAUAUUCACUGGAUUGCAUACCAGUAGAAGCAGAAUACCAGAAACAAUUUUCAGAAUUGCUGAUGAAGGCCGCUGGUGAUUAUGGUGCUUUGACAGCUUCAGCUGCAGAUUUCCAAUGGAGCCAGAACUUUAAGGAGUCUCCUUCAGUGUGGGGGGAAAUGUUACGUCCUAUUCCUGUUGCUUUAGCAUCCUGCACUCGAUUCUUUGAAGCCAUGUCUGCCAUGAGAGAAUCAUUUGCUACCCUUCAAAAUUUGAGAGUUGGCCAUUUAGGUAAAGAUUCUUCAGAGAGAGUAUUUGGGGAUUCACACUGUGUGACUCCUCCCUGGAGAAAUGACUCAAGCUUUGAUGACUUGGCAAUGAAAACUGUGAGGAGACAAGAACUUGAGCGGCAAGAAGCAUGUGAUGGAAGUGGUGAUGGAGGUGGCGUUCAUCAAGUCGAUGACACAAGCCAUAGGAGAUUAUCUUGGCCUCCAUCUGUUAAACACAAUGGUAUAUAAUCAAAACAAUGUCAUUCAUGACAAGUUUUCUUAGAUUGUAUUCUACGUCAGAGCAUUUUCAUUGCAAGGAAAUCCUCCUUGAUACUUCAUUAUACCAUUAAAACACACAAUUUGUCAUUCUGGCUUGUUUCUCAAUCGUUAUAUCGUUAUGAACUA